AUGUCUGCGCUUUUCAACUUCAGAUCCCUCCUGCUCGUCAUCUUGCUGCUGAUUUGCACAAGCGCCUAUGUACACCAUUUCACCCCGGGUAUCAUGGACCGAAACAAGAACGGAGUUAUGGGCAUCUUCUGGAAGUGCGCAAGGAUAGGAGAGCGACUAAGUCCAUAUAUAAGUAUAUGCUGUGUCAUCAUGGCCGUUUCCAUCCUGCUCAGCUAA